AUGGACUACCCUUCUUCUUAUUAUCAUCCUUCAAAGGGAGUCGUCUGCCAAGAAUUUAACCCAUAUAACUCUCAAUUUUGUCUAGCUAAGCAGACUCUAGAAGAGCUGGAAGAGGAUUACUUGAUGAAAACUGAUGUUAGAGCAGCUACUGCCAAUGAAAACAACCCUACAUUCAUGUCUAACAUUAAUAGUGGAUCGUCUUCUUCUUCUUCGCUCUCACCUCCCACUGCUUCUGAUUCGGUUAAUAUCAAUCAAAAUGGUGAAGUAUUAGCCUGGGACAAUUAUAAGGUGAAAACAAAUGAUUUAAUUAGAGGAGUCGAGGGAUGUGCUAUUAAGAGUGAAGUUUUCAGUAACGAAUAUAAUAAUAACAUCUAUAAUCCUCAACCAUUGAUGAUGAAUGGUGGAAUUAUGCCGCAGCCAAUACCAGAAUUGUUGUCAUUUCAGAUGGUGGAGUCUACUGCUGCUAUUCCCGUGGUGGAGCAAAAAUGGGGAGGAUUUAUGGAAUGUCUGUCUGGAGUCUCUGGACCAACAUUUGUGAAUCAGCCUCCUCCUGAUGCUAAUGGGUAUAUGGAUAACAGGGGAUAUGUGGAUAAUAGGUUGUCUCAUACACUGCCUAUGCCAAUGAAUGGCACGAAUGCAAAAGCUAUGGUUGUAGCGGCAGAUAAGGUAGAUAAGAAAUCGAUGGAAAAGACUAUGGAGCGGAGGCAGAAAAGAAUGAUCAAGAACCGGGAAUCUGCAGCGAGGUCCAGGGCAAGAAAACAGGCACAUACCAACCAGUUGGAACAUAGAGUGGCAGAAUUGACGAAAAUGAAUGAGAGGCUCCACAAAGAAAAUGGUAAGGUGUUAGUGUUAACGUCUGUGUACAUGAAAAAAUAUCUGCAUAAUGUGAUCUUGUGA